AUGGGGAACAGCCUCCGGUGCUGCCUGGCGUGCAUGCUCCCCUGCGGCGCGCUGGACGUGGUCCGCGUGGUGCACCUCAGCGGGCACGUCGACGAGUUCAGCUGCCCGCUCGCCGCGGCCGACGUCCUCGCCGCGCACCCGAACCACGCGCUCACCGACGCGUGGUCCGCCGGCGCGUCCCGGAAGAUCGUCAUCCUGUCGCCCGACUCCGAGCUCAAGCGCGGGCGCAUCUACUUCCUCAUCCCCUCCGCCGCGUGCUCCGCGCCCGCCGCCGCCGAGAUGAAGAAGAAGCGCAGCAAGAGCCGCGCCAGCAACAACAGGAAGAAGGCGCACGGCCACCGGAAGUGCGGCGGUGCCUCUGUGGCGGCGUCGCUGAGCACGGCGGAGCAGGACAACUACCUGCGGGAACUCCUGUCGGAGAAGCGGGAGGUGAGCCUGAGCCACCACCGGCGGCGGCGGAGCGGCGCCCGCCCCGGCGUGUGGCGGCCGCGGCUGGAGAGCAUAGCGGAGGAGCCGUCGUCAGAGUAG